AUGUCGCCACCGUCCGGAAAUAAGGGCGUUUGUGCCAUCUUCAUUCAUGCCGGAGCGGGCUUCCACAGCCACGAGAAUGAGCACAAGCAUUUGAAGGCCUGUGAAGUAGCCGCGCUCAAGGCCAUGGCAUUCUUGAAGAGUGGUGGCACCGCCGUUGAUGCUGUCGAAGCAGCCCUGAUGGUGCUUGAAGAUAAUCCGAUUACAAAUGCAGGGUUUGGGAGCAAUUUAAAUGCAAAGGGAGUGGUCGAGGGCGAUGCCUCGAUCGUCGAUCAUCAUGGGCGAAGUGGUGCGGUUGGAGCUGUGCCUAAUAUCAAGAAUCCAAUUAUGCUUGCUCGAAAGGUUUAUGACAAGUCCAAUGUGCAAAUUGGAAUGUCAAGGGUGCCCCCGAACUUCUUGGUCGGAGAAGGUGCUAAGGACUUUGCAUGGGAGAAUGGCAUCGUGAUCAUGCCCGGGGAAGACUUGAUCUCGCCCACCGCUCUAGAGCGUUAUCAGGUAUGGGCCGCAGAGGUGGAUGAUUAUGAGAACGAAAGCAGCGGCGAAGUAAUCGACCCUUGGAUUCGCCGGCCCAUGACUCCCCUUGACACUCGCCUUAAACGUCUUGAGCGGGCUUCUCAAUCCGAACCCCGUCCUACCAGCAAUCCCGCGGGCGAGGAAAUUAGAACUUUGACCGAUCCAAGUCUUUCUGCAGAUGUGAAAGGGCGUCCGGCAUCAUCAACGGCGCAUGGAACUCCAAAAAAGGCCAAACUUACAAGUCCCCACCUACCUGUGCAGCCACCUGCCUCGCCUUUAUCCUCAUCCCGGGAUGGCAGCCCUGAUUCCGCUGAUAGCGAGCAAGAUGGAAUGGACACUGUCGCUGAUAGCCCCGAUGACACCGUUAGUGAAGAAGAGGGAAAGAUCAGCCUCAUCGACAGGACCGAUGGUGCUGAUAGUGAACAAGACAGGGAGGACAGCAUCACAGACACUGUUGGCGCCAUUGCUAUUGACAAGUAUGGAAACAUUGCAGCGGGAUCUUCUUCUGGAGGCAUCGGCAUGAAGCACCGAGGUCGGAUUGGACCUGCAGCCCUAAUUGGCAUUGGCACCCAUGUUAUUCCAAAAGACCCAACUGAUCCAGAUGGAACCACUUGUGCAGUCGUCACAUCUGGGACUGGAGAGCUCAUCGCCUCAACACUGGCGGCAAGCACAUGCGCGCAAAGGAUGUAUUACAGUCAGAAGAUGGGUGACAACGGUGUGUUCACCCAGGUCAUGGAGGAAGAAGCCCUCAAAGGGUGGAUGAAACGGGAGUUUAACGAACACACUGCCGUGAGUAACAGCAUUCUCUUUGGGGCCCUCGGAGUGGUCAUUGUGAAGAAAAACAAUCACGGCAUUGAACUUUACUUUGCUCACAACACCGACUCUUUCGCCAUUGCUUCCCUGUCUAGCAAUUCGGACAAGCCGUCUUGUCUAAUGUCUCGAGGCUCGCGAGGAACCAUUGUACAGGGAGGUUGCCGAAUCAGACUUCCGGGUCACUGUAAGUUCUGCCAAGUUUGA